AAUGGCAUCGGAGAGACUAUACGAAACAAAAUCCGAAGUUAGCAUUGAAUUUGCUAAACGUAACUUGAAUCGUUACGCCUUUAGUUCUCCUGAGGAAACGGAGAGUUGUAAUACAACCUAUUCUACACCUGAAAAGUCAUUUGUAACACCUGCAGCCGCAAAAAUUCACCGACGUCGACUAGCCAUAAGAGAUUUGUCUGCAAUGAAAAAUUUUAACUCGCCAUGCUAUUCACCGAAAACGGAUGACGAACAUUUUGCCAGAAAAAAGGAAUUAAACAAGGAUAAUCUAUUUAACUGCUGCGAACCAGAACUUGGUCGUCCUCUAAAAAGCCGUUCGAGACUAAAUAGAAUUAACAAAAACAGCCGAGUCGUAAGACGCUUGUUUCCAGAUGCAGAAGAUGAAAAUAAUGAGUAUACCCGUUUACUUUCUAUUGAAUAG